GGGCGCAUGCGCACACGGCUCACUUCCCGGUUCCUGACAGCCGCACGGCGACGUCGGAGCUUCACCUGAGCGCCUGCAUUUCCCUCGUUCCUCGGCGUCCACCGUGUCUCCGGGGCCCGCCCGUCUCUGCCUCUCGCCGGGUCUCUCCAUGCGCGCUCCCGGGUGUGUGGCGCUGCUGGUUUGGCUGCUGAGCGAUGCGGCGGCUCGUCAGCUCACUGGGGAGGAGAUGGCCGGGGUCAGACAGCGCAUCAAGUCCAUGUUCUACCACGCCUACAACAGUUACCUCGACAACGCCUUCCCCUACGACGAGCUCCGCCCGCUCACCUGCGACGGACAAGACACCUGGGGCAGUUUCUCUCUCACUCUGAUCGAUGCUCUCGACACUCUGCUGGUUUUGGGAAACCACACCGAGUUUCAGCGUGUUGCGUCGCUGCUCCAAGACACCGUGGACUUCGACAUUGACGUCAACGCGUCGGUGUUCGAAACCAACAUCAGAGUGGUGGGUGGUCUACUGUCGGCCCACCUGUUGGCCGGGAGAGCGGGGAUGGAGCUGGAGCCCGGUUGGCCCUGUUCAGGGCCCCUGCUGAGGAUGGCCGAGGACGCCGCCAGGAAGCUGCUGCCUGCGUUUCAGACUCCCACCGGCAUGCCGUACGGCACCGUGAACCUGCUGCACGGCGUCAGUUCCACCGAGACGCCCGUCACCUGCACCGCCGGCGUGGGAACCUUCAUCUUGGAGUUUGCCACACUGAGUCGACUAACGGGAGACGCUACGUUUGAGACCGCGGCCCGCGGAGCUCUGAGGGCCCUGUGGAAGACCAGAUCUGACAUUGGACUGGUGGGUAACCACAUUGACAUCGUGUCCAAGAAAUGGGUGGCUCAGGAUGCCGGCAUCGGAGCCGGAGUGGACUCUUACUUUGAGUACCUGGUGAAAGGAGCCAUCAUGCUGCAGGAUGAGGAGCUGCUCAACAUGUUCCUGGAGUAUGAUCGAGCCAUUCAGAACUACACUCGGUUUGACGACUGGUACUUGUGGGUGCAGAUGCAUAAAGGAACCGUCUCCAUGCCUGUUUUCCAGUCUCUGGAAGCCUUCUGGCCCGGCCUGCAGUCUUUGCUGGGGAACCUGGACAGCGCCGUGAGAACUUUCCAGAACUAUUACUCAGUGUGGAGACAGUUUGGAGGUCUGCCUGAGUUUUACAGCAUCCCCCAGGGUUACACUGUGGACAAGAGAGAGGGAUACCCACUGAGACCAGAGUUAAUAGAAAGUGCCAUGUACCUGUUCAGAGCGACAGGUGACCACACCUACCUCCAGCUGGGCCUGGACGCCCUGGAGUCCAUAGAGAGAAUCGCCCGGACGCCCUGUGGAUACGCCAGUGUCAAAGACCUGCGAGAUCACCAGCUGGACAACAGGAUGGAGUCCUUCUUCCUCGCUGAAACCAUCAAGUACCUUUAUCUGCUCUUUGACCCCGCCCACUUCCUGCACGGCGGGGGCACGGAGGGGGACGGGUCCUGGGAGGAGGGCGGCGAGGGGGGGCAGUGUGUUUUAGGUGCGGGGGGGUUCAUCUUUAACACGGAGGCUCACCCUCUCGACCCGGCGGCGCUCUACUGCUGCAGCCGCCACACUCAGGACCGACGGGAGCUCCGAGACAUCCUGCUCAGCCUGUCGCAGCCCGCGGAAAAGCGCGACCGCCGAUCGAAGCCGCCCGCCGACGAGACAGAAGGCCCCCCCCCUGGCCAAUCGGAAAGCAUCGCUCUGAAACCGGGCGAGAGGAGGAGGCCCCCCGUGCUGUCCUGUCCCGUUCAGCCGUUCAGCGCUCGACUCUCCGUCCUGGGACAAGUUUUCAGCGAUAACACCUGACUCUCACCGUCCUGGCUCUCGCGUUAAAUACGGACAGUCGAUUUCCGAGCUUGAUGCAGCAGCUGAGCUCUGGACUUACGGUGGGACUAUUUUAACUUCAGCCACAGCUGGAGUUAUGAUCAAGUUGCCAAGCCUGUUCAAGUCCAAUUUGGGGGGGGGGGGGUUCCCAAAUAGAUUCACCA